CUCGAUAACCACGACGCAGCACAAGCAGUGACAGCACAGCGCCCACCCUCCCCCACCGCUCGGCACUGCGCAGCACCGCGCAGCAUCUCGGGAUUAGGCAGCGCUGGAAACACGCCGCCCAUGUCCUUCUGGCCCCGGGCAUAAUGCGUCGAUAUUGAGGAAUUCUACGCCGUAGACAUGUACAUACCGACCGCAUACGGGAUCGCUCAGGGCAGCGCCGACCAGGCCCAGAAUGGAGGCGGCUGGUCCAGCUUGAUUGGCGUGGUGACGGCGAUCUGUGGCAACGUGCUCAUCUCGUUUGCCUUGAACACGCAGCGAUAUGCGCACAUGCGACUGAGUCGAGACCGGGGCGCGCGAGUGCAAGAGAAACGCAGGAAUAAUGCGAGACGGAAACGGAGAAGCGACGAAGUGACAGAAGUACGCAACGAGGAACAUAGGAAGCAGGAGACACUGGGCCAUCGCGCUCUGGAGGACCGAGGAGCGACGGAGACGCAGCCAUUACUCUCGAAGCAGGGCUCGAGGCAGCUGUCACCAUCCUCAUCUCCCUCCUCUCCCUCUUCCUCCUCCUACUCCUCGGAAGAGCUCGGCAAGGACGAAAAAGACGACGACGAUGUCGAGGAAAAGUCAUACCUCCGCUCGCCCAUCUGGUGGCUCGGCAUUGGCAUGAUGGUCGUAGGCGAAACGGGCAAUUUCCUCGCGUAUGGCUUUGCACCCGCCUCGAUUGUGUCACCGCUGGGUGUGGUGGCCCUCAUCUCGAAUUGUCUGAUUGCACCACUGCUACUGAAGGAGAAGUUCCGCCUCCGCGACGGGCUGGGCGUGCUGAUUGCUGUCGCCGGAGCGGUCGUCGUGGUGCUCAGUGCCAGCGACAGCAACCCCAAGCUCACACCCGAUGCCAUAUGGAGGCUCGUGACCACUUGGGAAUUCGAAACCUACUUGGGAAUCACUGUGGCCCUCAUCAUUGUCCUGACUGUGCUGAGCAACAAGUAUGGCCAGAAGUCCAUUUUGAUCGAUAUUGGUCUGGUCGGGCUGUACGGAGGCUACACAGCGCUGUCAACGAAAGGUAUCGCAUCGUUGCUUACCUACAGCCUCUACAAGGUCGUAACCUUCCCUAUCUCGUACCUGCUACUGGUCGUGUUGGUCGUGACCGCAGUAAUGCAAAUCAAGUAUGUCAACCGAGCCCUGCAGAGGUUCAACUCGACAAUGGUCAUUCCCACUCAGUUUGUCAUGUUCACCAUCUCUGUCAUUGUGGGGAGUGCAGUCUUGUACCGCGACUUUGAGCGUGAGAGUCCGGAAGACGCUGGCAAGUUUGUGGGAGGGUGUGCUCUGACCUUUUUUGGUGUAUGGUGCAUCACAUCGGGGAGGAAGUCGGAACCAAAUGACGAUUACGGGAAUGAAGAAGACGAUGGGAUCGGCCUCGCAGACGAAGAAGGCACGAUGCCGGAGAUCCGUGAACACGAUGGCCCUAGCAGAAAUAUGUCAUUGGUGGCCAACUCCAUCAACGCACCACCCUCCCUCAGACGAGCUCAGACAGCAGAAGUUGGCUCGAUCCCAAAGGUCCACAUCAGGGCACCAACGCUCGGUACAACACCGCCCGGCGCCUCGGACUGGAACAAAUAUGUGCCUGAGAUGCAGCCAGGUACUGCGAGCGCAGUACAUCCAGAUCCGGGUGUCCUCAACGGUAAUGGCAACGACAACACCAAUCCGAAGAAGCCCAUCAUGCACGCUACAACAUCUGCACCUGUAGUCCCACAAACGCCUGACACGUCUUCGCGCCCGAAGACACCUUUAGCGCGCACACCUUCCGGUCCUGCCGAACGACCCAGUCCUCACAGAACACCGCUGAAUCGCGGUCAGACCGUCGCGUCUAUUGGGUCUCAAGGACUCCUCCAGCGCACAUCCUCAAUCCGCCUUGGACCUCUGACCAGUCCUCUCAGCGGCUCACUUGCGGCGAUAGUGGCAGACGAGCUCCGCCGAGGUGUCGAUAAGACUCCACUGGGGACGAUGAAAAGACGACCAUCACAUCGACCUCCUCCCGUCGGCCGCCGUCCCACCGACCAGAAUGAAGACAACAGACCUCUCAUGUCGAGUUCUCUGAAACGCCAUUCUAUCGCGAGUACAGAUGUGGAGUUUGAAAGCCAAGAGGCCGCGGAUCUGCGAACUGCAGCGGGCAGUCCCCCCAAUGGAAGUAGUCGAGUGAGGAGUCUGAGCGCCACCAUCAGCGACAUGUUUGGCUCGAGUGGUGGUGGAAGCGCAUUGAAAAGGCAGCGUACGCUCGAGAGAGAGACAGGACGUCAAGCGGCUGCUUCGGAAGAGGGAAGGGAAUAAUCACAUACACACGCACUGUUGUUCACAGUCCAGGAUGGACAUGUGCCAGCAUAAUCCUUUUUACCCUUUUUGUCGUUGCCACCUUGAUGGAAGGAUGGAUGGAUAAAUGGCUGUAGAUGUGAUGAUGAUGAUGAUGAUGACUUAGUUCAGUCAGUCAGUCAGUCAGUUGGGUGGCCCAAGUCGAAUGUUCAUGUGACGAAGAUCUGAACGACAAGAAGCUGGCUCGCUGACUUGAACGAUGAAACAAUAACAGAUGAAUGAGAGAUUUCAUGAGCAUGAAAUUGAACAUCCAGAAGAACUUCAAAACUUGUCAGGUAUCGAGUGGAGUUCACAUUGGCGGGGCGUGUUCUUUCUUCUGAAUUGGGCAUACAGAACGGA